GUGACGCCGUGGGCGGGGCUUGCCCGUCCCUUUGGCCUUUAGCCCCGCCCACGGGCCUUUGGGUUCCCUGUUGCUGUUGCGCCGCUGCUGGCUGCUGUCCCCGGACUCCACCAUGGACAAGACAAUGGACGAGCCCCCCAUAUCAGCUGUCUUGCUGGAACACUGCAGUUUUUCUCAGGUCGUGUUUAACAGUGUCGAGAAGUUCUAUGUUCCUGGAGGAGAUGUCACAUGCUACUACACCUUUACCCAACAGUUCGUCCCUCGUCGCAAGGACUGGAUUGGCAUCUUUAAAGUCGGGUGGAAGACGACCCGGGAGUAUUACACCUUCAUGUGGGUUGCCUUGCCCAGUGACCUAAACAAGGAAUCAGCCAGGCAGCUGGAAGUCCAGUUCAAAGCUUAUUAUCUACCCAAGGACGAUGAGCAUUACCAGUUCUGCUAUGUGGAUCAAGAUGGCGUGGUCCGGGGAGCAAGUAUCCCUUUCCAGUUCCGUCCAGAAAGUGAGGAGGACAUCGUGGUUGUCACCACGAAGGGAAAGGUGGAAGAGAUCGAGCAGCACAAUGAGGAGCUUCUCCGAGAAAACCAGGAACUGAAAGACAGCUGUGCCAGCCUCCAGAAGCAGCACUCAGAUGCACAGGCUGAACUGGAGAGGAAGCAGGAGGCACUAGAGGCACUGCAGAGCAUCAAUAAGAAGUUAGAACAGAACAUGGAAGAGCAGAAGGCCUGUUGGGAGACUGAGCUGCUCCAACUGAAAGAAUACAACCAGAAGAUAUCCUCAGAAAACGAGAAGAUGGGGAGCAGAGUAGACCAGCUUCAGGCCCAGCUGUCAACUCAAGAGAAAGAAAUGGAGGAGCUUGUUCUGAGAGAGCAAGACAUGACAGAGCAGCUGCAGCGUCUCAAGAAUGAAAAUAGCCAGCUCACCCUCAGUCUAACUGAACAGAAGGAGCAGCAGAAGAAGCUUGAGCAGACAGUGGAAAAGAUGAAGCAGAGGGAAACCACGGCGAGGAAGAAACAGCAGGAGCUGACGGAGCCUAAGAACAAAGAGACAACAACAACGGAGGAGGAGUUAGUGCGAGAGGUUGACCGCCUAAAGGCAAAGGUAGAGGCCGGGAGAGCCUGUUACUUAGAGAAGUACAAAGAGUGUCAGCGACUCCACAAGCAGAUCAGGCAACUCAGGGCUUCGGCAAUGGAUGAGAACUUUGACCUGUCUAGAAAGCUAAGUGACAACAAGAUUGUGUCUGACGUUCUGAAGAGAGAGAAGGAGAGACUAGACAGAGAGAACAAUAUCCUGAAGAAGGAGAACAACAGACUGAUGAACUACAUGGGCCUCCAAGGUGACUCUUUGCCACAACAAAUGCAUUCUUCAGAUCAAGGAGCUGGUAGGCAAAACCCAGGCCUUGUGUACGGAAACCCAUAUUCUGGUAUCCAAGAAAGUUCUGCUCCCAGCCCGCUUGCCAUGAAGAAGUGCCUCAUCUGUUCAUCAGACUUUGGUGAUGGAGUCUGUGAUCACAUCUUGGAGCAGCAGCAAAUGCAGACCCAUUUCUUGAGUUGUCCAAUUUGUGACGAAGCCUUCCCGGCGAGAGAGAAGCAGAUCUUUGAAGACCAUGUAUUCUGCCACUCUCUCUGAGUGACCCCGCCUGCGGUCUGUGCUGCAUCAGCUUUCACAGUGUAGAACACAGUCUCCUGUAAGCUGUCCAAGCAGAGAAGACAAGCCUGUCUAAAUCAUUU